GCGCAGAAGGAAACCCUGCACAGAAGGAAACCCUAACCAAACAGGUGUAGCAAUUGCUCCUCUUUAUAUACCCCAGCCUCAUUCAUCCGAAAAACAAAAAAUUCCCCCAGCCUCAUUCAUCCGAAAAACAUAAAAAUUCAUCCUAAAAACAUAAAAUUCCCCCAGCCUCCCAAUCUCUUCAUCCUCUCCUCCAUCUCACUCUUCAGAUUCAAGUCGGCGGCGAGAGAAAUCACCCCAUAUAUUCUUCACUUUGAGUUUCUUGAGUUAAUGGAGUCGAACCAAGCCAAACCCGGCCUACUGUGCAACCCUGAAGCCUCUCAGAGAACCCUGUACCCAUAUGUAACUGGUACAUCUGUAGUGGCUCUGAAGUACAAAGAUGGAAUUUUGAUGGCUGCUGAUAUGGGAGGUUCUUAUGGGUCUACCCUGCGAUACAAGAGUGUGGAACGAAUGAAGCCAAUUGGAAAGCAUUCUCUUCUUGGUGCAAGUGGAGAAAUAAGUGACUUUCAAGAACUAUUACGUUAUCUUGAUGAGCUCAUCCUAUAUGACAACAUGUGGGAUGAUGGCAACUCUUUGGGUCCUAAAGAGGUCCACAACUAUUUGACCCGAGUGAUGUACAAUAGGCGUAACAAGUUCAAUCCACUGUGGAACUCUCUUGUCCUAGGUGGAGUAAAAAAAGGACAGAAGUACCUUGGCAUGGUUAGCAUGAUAGGUGUAAAUUUUGAGGACAAUCAUGUAGCUACAGGAUUUGGAAAUCACCUUGCACGGCCUAUUCUUCGUGAUGAAUGGCAUGAGAACUUGACUUUUGAAGAGGGUGUAAAGCUACUGGAGAAAUGCAUGCGUGUCCUUCUCUAUCGAGAUCGGUCUGCUGUCAACAAGCUUCAGAUUUCCAAAAUCACUGAAGAAGGUGUAACAAUCUCUCAGCCCUACUCUUUGAAGACUUUCUGGGGUUUCUCUGCUUUCGAAAAUCCCACUUUGGGUGCUGAAGGAUCAUGGUAGCUGAAUAGAAGCGUGGCUUCGGAACAUGAAACAGCUCACUAGGAGCUAAGUUGAAUAGACGCAUGGUGUCAGAUGUGAAAUGUAUGGUCUAAAUUCUUUGUGAUGAGAUGAUAAUAUUUAUGCUCUCCAGAUGGAAGGCAAACUGUCGGAAGCUUGAAACACUUGAUCAAAAUGAUACUGUUGUGAAUAAAAUUAGCGUUUUACAAGAAUA